AUGGAAACUCAUAAUGUUCAACUCCAAGAAGAAACCCGAAACAAUCAGAAAAACACCACAACAUCCAUAAAAAAUCUUGAAGUCCAGAUGGGUCAAAUAGCACAACAAUUAGCCUCGAGUUCUCAAGCACAAGGUGCUUUACCUAGUGCAACUGUGACAAAUCCUAGAGAGCAUAAUAAUGUAAGCACUGUGACAACAAGAAGUGGUAAAUCUGAUGAAGUAGUUGAGGAGAUAAAUGAAGAGGAAGAUCAGUUGAUCGAAGUGGAUCGUGAGAUCAAAGAAAAUGAAGCUGUAAGGGAAGAAUUAGUGGUCCCGAAACCAAUAGUGAAAGAAACAGUCACUAAGCCUAAGUCGGUUGUUAAGCUUCCGUUUCUCACCAGAAACAAGAAAAAGGGGCAACAUGAGAAAAACUUUGAAAAGUUCCUAGAGUUGUUCAAGAAGCUAGAGAUUAACAUUCCGUUGUUGGAAGAACUUGAACACAUGCCUACUUAUACCAAGUUCAUGAAGGAUAUAAUUUCUAAGAGGCGUGCCAUUGACACCAACCCGAUUAUUCUAACAGGAACUUGUAGUGCUAUUUUGCAGGGGGUUGUGCAAGAUACCAGGAUGACACUCCAAUUUGCCGAUCAUUCGGUCAAGAAACCAUAUGGUAUUGUUGAAGAUGUGCUGGUUAAAAUUGACAAGUUUGUAUUCCCGGUGGAUUUCGUAAUUCUAGAAACGCCUGAAGAUGAAGAGAUCCCUCUCAUUCUUGGGAGACCUUUUUUAGAGACGGGAAGGUGCUUGAUCAACAUAGAAGAAUGGACUAUGACAUUGAAGAUUUAUGAUGAGGAAUUAAAGAUUGAUGUUCGAAACACCAUGAAGUACAAAGAUGAUAUUUGUACCAGUCAUACUAUAGAGGUUUUGGAUCAAGUGAUGACGUAUGAUAGUCCUUUGAAUGCACCACGAUUACCUUUGGAAAGAGUGUUGAGUUUGUCCAUUUUCGACAGUGAUAAAGAAGUGGACAACGGGGAAUCCGAAGUGCUGGCCUUGAUGGAUGCACAACCCCCAUGGAAAGGAUCUCGACCACAUCAGUGGGAAUAUUUACGACUACCUCAAACUAGUGAGGAGGAUAAAGAGCCCAAGAAGGGAACGGAGUUGAAACAGCUUCCUGAGAAUCUCAAAUAUGUCUUUCUCGAUUCUGAAGUAAAAUUUCCUGCUAUCAUAAAUUCGAGCCUAAAGAAUAUCCAAGAAGAGAAGCUCAUCCAAGUCCUAAAAAAAUACAAAAAUGCUAUUGGAUAG